UUGCAAUUUCAAGUUAAAAAAAAUAAUAAUUCUGAAAUUUUAUUGGAACAUAUUUUCAGAAUUUUUUUUUUUAACUUGAAAUUACAAAAAGCCCUUUAAACUGAGAAAUUUUGGAAUUUUCCACUCUAGUGUCUUUGGCUUAAUUGAGAUUUUUUUUUUCUUUGGAUAAAAUGCCGUUUAUUUUAGUUGGAUUUAUAUGGAUAAUGGUCCCACAUGUGAGUUGUACUUUUCUCCCAAUUAAAUGAAACCCAAAUACUAUUUAUGAAAAUCCAAGACCAAAAAAAUAUGUUCUCCUUCUAUCUCUGUGAUCUCUAAUCCAAGCUUAAUGGAUCCUCUCAAAUUAUUAUUAACUUUGAUCUUUACCCUCUUUUCCCUUAUAUUCUAUAUCUACUUCUAUCACGCAAGGAGAGCAACUAGCUGCUGCAGUGUGCCGCAGGCAGGUGGUGCUUGGCCUGUGAUUGGCCACCUGCACCUCUUUGGUGGUCAGCAGCUAACUCACAGAACACUAGGGGCUAUGGCCGAUAAGUAUGGACCUGUGUUCACUAUAAAACUAGGUUCAAACAGAGUUUUAACUGUGAAUAGUUGGGAAAUGGCAAGGGAGUGUUUCACUUCACAUGAUAGAGUUUUCUCCACUAGACCAAGCAUUGCAGCCUCAAAGUUGCUAAGCUAUAACUUUGCCAUGUUUGGCUUUGCCCCUUACGGUUCUUACUGGCGAGAGAUGCGCAAAAUAGCAAUGAUCGAGCUUCUGUCGGCCCAUCGGAUGGAUAUGCUGAAGCACAUACGAGCUUCAGAAGUGGAAACUGCAAUAAGGGAACUAUAUAAAACAUGGGUUGGCAGAAGCAGAAAAGAAAAUGGAGUCUUGGUGGAUAUGAAGCAGUGGUUUGGAGACUUGACACAUAAUGUUGCUUUGAGAAUGGUAGAAGGGAGACGAUGUUUUGGACCAUAUGCUGACAUGGAGGAAGGAGAAGCACGAAGAUGUCAGAAAGUGAUAGGAGAUUUUGGUUACCUGUUUGGGGUUUUUGUGUUGUCUGAUGCAAUACCAUUUCUUGGUUGGUUAGAUUUUAAUGGAUAUGAGAAAUCUAUGAAGAAAACUGCUAAGGAAUUGGUUCUCAUGGAAGGUUGGCUGAAGGAACAUAAACGAAAGCGACAGUUCAGUGGGAAGGAAAAGGAAGAACAAGAUUUCAUGGAUGUGAUGCUUAACAUAUUGGAAGAAGCGAAGAUUUCAGAGUUUGAUGCAGACACCAUUAACAAGGCUACUUGCCUGAAUUUGAUCUUAGCAGGAAGUGAUACAACCAUGGUCACUCUUACGUGGGCAUUAUCUUUAUUGCUCAACAAUCCUCAUGUGCUCAACAAGGCUCAGCAUGAACUAAACCUCCAUAUUGGCAGAGAAGAGACAGGCGAUAUAAAUAACUUGAUCUAUAUUGAAGCCAUUGUCAAGGAAACGGUACGCCUUUAUCCGCCAACUCCUAUACUAGACCUUCGUGCUGCAAUGGAGGACUGCACCCUCUCAUCUGGCUGCCAAGUUCCGGCUGGCACACGCCUGAUGGUAAAUGCCUGGAAGAUUCAACGUGAUGAGCGAGUUUGGCCAAAUCCUGAUGAGUUCCAGCCUGAGAGAUUCUUGACAAGUGCCCAUAAGGAUAUAGACUUGAAGGCACAGAGUUUUAAACUCAUCCCUUUUGGCUCAGGAAGAAGGUCUUGUCCUGGCAUCUCACUAGCACUCCAAGUAGUUCAUUUCAUCCUGGGUAGUUUCUUGCAUUGUUUUGAAGUUGCUAAGCCAUCGUCAAGUGAAGAUGUUGAUAUGAGUGAGAGCCCUGGCUUGACAAAUUUAAAAGCAACACCACUUGAGGCUGUCCUUGUGCCUCGUCUUAAUUCCAGGCUCUAUGGAUUGUAAACUCAAAACUAGGGUCGGCAAUGUAUCCAAAUUUUCGGUACCGACCAAAUCUAAGGAAGAAUAAUUAUAAUCGA